GGCAUGCUUUAUCUUCGAAGGAGGGAGUAACGGGAAGUUAGUUUGCGUUGGUCUGCGUUCAUUGUUAAUCAUGGCGGAUCCACUGAGUUUACUGAGGCAAUACAACGUCAAUAAAAAGGAGAUAAUCGAACGUGAGAAUCAAAUAAUUUUUGGUGAAUUCUCGUGGCCGAAGAAUGUGAAAACCAACUACUUGACAUACGGGUCUGGCAAGGAGGGCACACCGAAAGAAUACUACACCUUGGAGUGCCUGUUAUUCUUACUGAAACAUGUACAACUCACACAUCCCGUGUACGUACGGCAGGCAGCCGCGGAAAAUAUUCCUGUCGUGCGUCGGCCGGACAGAAAGGAUCUGCUGGCGUACCUCAAUGGCGAAACUGCCACAUCAGCCGCCAUAGAUAAAUCCGCGCCACUGGAGAUUCCUACUCAGGUGAAGAGAACGGCCGAGGAUGGAACAGAAGGUGGUUCUUCGAAGAAACCCCGCUUCGAAGACACUCACGUGCAAAAGGUGAAGGAGCAGCUCGCUGCGAGGUUGGACGCUCCUAAGGAGGCCUCCGUCACGGUGGACAACAUCAAGUCCCUGUCGGAGGCGAUGUCCGUCGAAAAGAUCGCAGCCAUCAAGGCGAAACGUUUGGCCAAGAAGCGUACGACGAUCAAGGAGAACGACGACAUCGGAAUGGGAUCGGAUCUUCGCGUCAUACUGAUGGACGUGGAUGACACCAAGGACAUAGUAUCGAGGGAGAGACAGUGGAGAACGCGCGCGACGAUCCUCCAGAGUAGCGGGAAGAUAUUCGCGAAGAAUAUAUUCGCGAUUCUGCAGAGUAUAAAAGCCCGCGAGGAAGGCAGGCAAAAGGGGCCCACCGCGCCGGCUCCUAUGGUCACGCCGCGAUCUACGCCCAUGCGACCGCUGCCGCAGCCGGCCGUCUACAAUCGUUACGAUCAGGAAAGGUUCAUCAGGCAGAAGGAAGAGACGGAAGGAUUCAAGAUCGACACGAUGGGAACUUACCACGGGAUGACCCUGAAAUCCGUGACGGAGGGUACGAAUCCGGCGGUGAGAAAGCCGGCAAGCAACGCGUCCGCGACUCCCAAUUCCGGCUUACUGCCGACGUCGGCCGCGAAACUCACGCCGCAGCAAGCCGCCCAAAACAAACGACCCAGCCGGACUCCCAUCAUAAUCAUUCCGAGCGCCAACACGUCUCUGAUCACGAUGUAUAACGCGAAAGACGUACUACAAGAUCUCAAAUACGUGAGCAAUGAGGAGAAACGUGGGCAGGGUUGUAAACGGGAGAACGAGGUGCUUCUGCAGCGUAGGAAGGAGGGCGGUCUGACGGUUCCGUACAGGGUAGUAGACAAUCCGCAGAAACUCACAAACGCAGACUGGGAACGAGUCGUCGCGGUGUUCGUGAUGGGUCCGGCUUGGCAGUUCAAAGGCUGGCCAUUCGACGGCAAUCCCGUCGAAAUCUUUUCUAAAAUAUGCGCGUUUCACUUAAAAUACGACGAGAUGAGACUGGACGCGAACGUGGCCCGUUGGGCGGUGACCGUGAUCGAGCUGAGCCGAACCAAGAGACACUUGGAUCGUGCCGCGUUGAUGGUAUUUUGGGAACAUCUCGAUAAGCACAUGAUCAAGAACAAGCCGCAUCUUCGGUUCUAAUUUCAACUCGGUCGAAGGCAUGACACCGCUCUCGACUUUCGCAGCGAGAUCACCAACAUACAGUAGACGGUAAAAAGUGUGUACAUAAUUUGUGCAGAACGGUCGCAGUUACGCGCCACGAACAAAACUUGAACGCCGUUCAACCAAGGACUGAUGAUUGUACGCGAACAACGUUUAUUUAUGAUCCGAUUCGUUUGAUUAUAUGGGUAUACUACACCUGUCAUACCUGUAUUGGAUCCUUGAAAACACUGCUCGUUCAACGUAAACUGAUGUGCCUAUUGUUAAACGAACGGCAGGAGAAAGAACGCGUUUGGUCUAUUCGUUAUGUUACCAAAAAACUAAGAAAAUAAGAAACGAAUCCACGCGGUAGGAGGAGAAGAGAAAGGUUGUAUAUAUAUAUAUAUAUAUAUAUAUAUUCACGCGGUACAUUCCGUGCGAGAUGUCGAUGAAAUGAACAAAUACACGCUCGUACGUGUCACCCGUGCAUUCCAA